AUGUCGACUCAACAUCAGAUAAUGGACUCUUUAGCUUUGGGAAGACUGGAAAUCAAUAGACCCAUGGUGAACCUGGGGACUUGUCUCUCCGGCUCGGUGAAGGAGAAGAACGCCCAGGGAGGAUCGCAGGCGGCCCACCUGAACGGAUGUGUGCCGCUCUCCCAUCAGGUGGCCGGUCAUAAGUAUGGCGUUGAUAAAGUAGGUCAGUGACUGAACUUAUCGAGGGGUGGGGGGUCUUCCUGCAGGGGCUGCAUUUGGGCUACUGCUAAAUUAAUAGGGGAAUACUGAUCACUCCUGAUAGGCUUACAAAAUCCAAUGCCUGAAGUAAGACUGCUAAAACUGAACUGUCAAGAGUGGGAAGAACCAAUGUAUUAUUUGUCCCCUGUAGCUCAGUUGGUAGAGCAUGGCGCUUGCAACGCCAAGGUUGUGGGUUCGUUUCCCACGGGGUGCCAGUAUGAAAAUGUAUGCGCUCACUAACUGUAAGUCGCUCUGGAUAAGAGCGUCUGCUAAAUUACUAAAAUGUAAAAAUUAUUUCUGGCCUCGGAGACAGUGACAGAGCACCAGUGUAAGUGGGAUUUAAAACCGGUUGUCUCUGCUAAGAGCCUUUCAGUUGAAUCCUACACUCAGGAAGGAAUGGGUGUCACAUUCGUAUUUAGGUCACUUUCUAAAGACUCUUGAUACAUCUAACCUCAGAGUUGAUUAAACGCUGAUGCUUGGGAGUGUUCAUUUCUUUUUCCAACUCCUAUCUAUCUAAUAUUAGAGCAAAGUCUCACACAGUGAGUCUAUAGUGUCAGACUUUAUAGGUUACUGGUGCUCAGGCGUUUUUGUAUAAGGUACAUCGUUUUAUGACUUCAUGUUAAACACAAGUUAACCUUUGCACUUCUCAGUUUGGUAUUGCUGGUUCCCAACUGGCAAACUGUUUGGCCCUGUCUAGGUUUGCAAAGGUAGGGUGUGUGUUACUAUAUAUAUUUUUGUAACUUUCAAGCUUUUUAGGGGGAAUUUAUCAGAUGAAAUCUAGUGCCAUUUUUGGGUACUUCAGAUUAUCACAGGUGUCUGUAAUUAUCUCUGGCUCUCUGUGUGGCCUUAUCACAUGUAAAAUAAUAUGAUUUAAAAAAUAAAAAAUAGAAUGACAAAGCUGUAAAACAUUAUCCUAAAUAUAAACCAUCAACUUAGUGAAUAGCGUUGGUUUUUAAUAUGAGGGUUUCAGCAUGAAAUAUCCUUUAUAUAUAUUUUUUAACACUUUUAUUUAUUUGACUAUGUCAAUGUGUCUUUGUUGUAAAUGUUUUGGCACCAAACUGGUGGCAGUUGUGAAAAAAGUCAAUAGUUGGAAGAGUUGCAGAGUUAAUUAAAAAAAUGCCCAUUGUUGCUUAGAUUGUUGCUUAGAUUGUUGCUUAGAUUGUUGCUUGUGGUCCUCUGUAGCUCAGCUGGUAGAGCACGGCACUUGUAACGCCAAGGUAGUGGGUUCGAUCCCCGGGACCACCCAUACACAAAAAAAAAAAUGUAUGCACGCAUGACUGUAAGUCGCUUUGGAUAAAAGCGUCUGCUAAAUGGCAUAUUAUUAUAUUAUUAUAUAGAUGCUUUUUUCCUUAAUUAGGCUAUUUUCUCUUGAACCAUAUGGUGUAUCCACUAGAAACUCAUAGACAAUAUGACUAUUAUAUAUGAAUACAUUUAAAAAAAAAAGUGAUUAAUGUAUAAAUUACCUAGAUUACCUGUUAAUUACCAAAAUUACAGAAGAUUCUAGUAACAUUGGUAAAUUACCAGUAGCUUUGCAACCCUAGCCCUGUCUGAAUACUUUCUAAAUGCAUUCUUCCUUCCUCUCUUGAAGUAACUACAAAUCUAACAUGGUUGCACAGUUGUCUGAUCAGUGAUUAUUUAGCAGGAAGGAAGGAUGUAUUUCUGAAAUAUUCAGACUAGGCCUUUAUGUGGCAACCAGUACUAGAUCUUUACUAAGUGUCAGAAUGGCCCACACCUUUUGUUACAACAGGCAUAUUGCAACAUCCUGAUGGCACAGUACUCAAACAGCUCCAGCCCCCUCCCCGAGGUCCUAGAGAGAUGCGGUUCUACAGCAAGGUAACCAUCCACGUAUUUUGAUGCUCCAAAAAGAUACAAAAUAGAUAUUAUCUGAAAGUACAUCAAUUUUGACUGUACAGUUACAGUAUUCUCUAUGAAAUUGCUCUCAGUUCUACAUGAAGUCAGCAAAAAGUAAUCACUUUAAAUUAUUCAAAAUGUUACUUGUGUACUUGGGAACAAUCUUUCCAUGUCAGUUUCAAUAAAGUUAUGUUCAAGUUGACGUUUAGAUUAAAUGUUAAUAAAAAGAGAGGGGUAUUAUUUCAAUCUCCCUGAGUAGCUCUUGAGGAAGCCUAGCAGGCCAUACUGUGUCCAGUAAUGUAGUCCACGUCUUUACUAGCUCAGUGGGCAAGGUUGGCACACUCUGCAUAUAAACCAGUGGGCUAUCUGUUUAUUGAAGGGUUUAGGAAAGGUGUUUAUCUUGACGUGCCCACUGCAACAUUUUAACCAGAGGGUUAUCAGGGCUUUCCACCGGAACUGCUUACUCUCCUAUUGUUAAAGUGGACUAAAUGUCCACAGGAUGAAAUGGUUGCUUUGGAAACACUCUUACAGAGGAAUCAUGUAUUAGUAGUUAAACUUGGCUACUUCCACCACCAUUUCACGGUAGUAAACUAUAAAAGGGAAGGAAAAUUGUAGCUGGAGCAAAUUAGGGUUAAGUGCCUUGCUCAAGGGCACAUCGGCAGAUUUUUCACAUUGUCAGCUCGGGUUUUUGAACCAGCGACCUUUUGGUUACUGGCCAACUGUUCUAACCGCUAGGCCACCCCUACAUGUGACAUGUUGGUGAAACAACACCCCUAUCAAUAAAGACAUUGAAAUUCCCACAUAGAGAUGGGGAUUAGUUCCCGCAAAUGAGCUGAUUUUGAUUCUUCAACAAGGAUGUCCUUUGCUUCGUCCAGGUCUACGCUGAGGACUGCGGCGACCCGUGUCUGUUGGACCUCCAGCAUCACCUCCCUAAAUACUUUGGCACCUGGUCCUCGCCUGAAUAUCCUAACGGUAAACACCGGUCCAUAAGAAAUCCUUAAACAUCCCUAGGACAGUAUUAAAAACAUGACUUCAACAUGUACCAGGGUCUGUAUUCAUAAAAUAACUCUGAGGAGGAGUGCUAAUCUAGGUUCCGGUCCUCCCUGCCCAUAAAAUCAUACUCAUUUGGAUUUAAAAGGCAGAAACGGAUCCUAGGACAGCACUCCAUUCAAAAAUACUUCUGUCACCGGCUGGAAUGCAGUUUAAACCAAUCAGCAUUCAGGAUUAGACCCACCCGUUGUAUAAACGUAAACAAUCAUGGCAGUGCUUUGCUCCUAGAAAUACUGUAUGGCUGUAGGGGUGAAACACCGCCUCUUCUAUCAUUCUAGUGGCCAAAUAGGUUGAUUUAUUUGUCUAAAUGUCCAACGUCUCUCAUGCCAUGUUUCUGCGCCCUCUGAUUACAUCACAGAGCUGUACCUGAAACUGGAGGACGUGACUCGGCGGUUCCAGAAGCCUUGUAUUAUGGAUGUGAAGAUCGGCCAGAAGAGCUACGACCCCUAUGCCUCCCACGAGAAGCGGGACCAGCAGAUCAAGAAGUACCCUCUCAUGGAGGAAGUUGGCUUCCUGCUUCUCGGAAUGAGGGUGAGUCUUCCUCUUCAGCCUCAUCAUGAGUCCCUCCCACUGGGUUGAAAAGGGCUCUCCAAUUGCUAAUGCCAUUCAUUUUAUUGAGAGGGGCUAUAUGAGACCUGUGUGGCAGUACCUUGGGGCUUAUUCAGAUUGAGAGUCUGUGCUGCAAAGAGAUUUCUACUUUUCAAUUCAAAGUACAUCCUUGCCUUACCUUUCUUUGGCCCUGGCUUGGCAACUCAACAUUCUUGCUGAGCAGCAAUAUUUACAGUAAAUAUCACAGAAGCCAUUAGCAUCCUUUAACAAACUAUUAAUCAACUAUGUGAGCAACUUCUCAUCUAAACCAAGUUACAACCCUGAAUAAUGCAACUAUUCACAAGAAUGUGCAGACAAUUGAGGGUUUAUUUUCUCAAGACAAUAGCACAUAAAGCACUGCUAGCUGGCUAACAACAUAUGCUUCAUCAAGUAGCCUAUCAAAAAUGAACGAAUACCCCUCUCAUACAAAUAAAAAAGUAGUUUAUUAUACAGCGCUAGGUAGAAAGCUAAACAAAAUCCUUUCUGCAUCUUCAUCAUAUCAUAAAUCAUUGGCUACUAGUUAAAGAUUAGCUACUUUAGCGUAUUAAAGUUACCUUAGAACAAACCUGGCUUCAAUUGAUCAAUAUCAUGCAAAUCAUUACAUGAGCUAAACGUUGUUAAUUCACUGGGGAGUUCCUGCUUGCUGUUCCUGCUUGCUGAUGAAUGACCGUGUUCUGAAAUUCCCAUAAAGCUUCGGUUACAAUUUCAGAGUAACUGCCUAUUAGAUAAUCAUUAGUGGUUACUUGGCAUUAGUAACCAUUGAGAUUGUAACGGUAGAGAAAGGUCCGACUGUGAGGUUGUUUCUAUAUUAAGGGUUGUUUAGAUCACUUCUGAUAUCCACUGUGUUCAUUAUAUUAAUACUUUAUUUCUGUCAAGGUUGAAAAAUUUAGUUAAAGAAAAACUGAGUGCUUUUGCCCUAGCUCAACUGCAUAUACACUGAACAAAAAUAUAAACGCAACAUGUAAAGUGUUGGUCCCAUGUUUCAUGAGCUGAAAUAAAAGAUCCCAGAAACGUUACAUAUGCACAAAAAGCUUAUUUCUGUCAAAUUCUGUGCACAAAUUUGUUUAUAACCCUGUUAGUGAGCAUUUCUCCUUUGCCAAGAGAAUCCAUCCACCUGACAGGUGUGGCAUAUUAAGAAGCUGAAUAAACUGCAUGAUCAUUACACAGGUGCACCUUGUGCUGGGGAAAAAGGCCACUCUAAAAUGUGCAGUUUUGUCACACAACACAAUGCACAGAUGUCUCAAGUUGACGGAGUGUGCAAUUGGCAUGCUGACUGCAGGAAUGUCCACCCGAGCUGUUGCCAGAGAAUUGAAUGUUAAGUUCUCUAUCAUAAGCCGCCUCUAACGUCGUUUUACAGAAUUUGGUCUAACCGGCCUCACAACUGCAGACCACGUGUAUGGCGUUGUGUGGGCGAGCGGGUUGUUAACACAGUGCCCCAUGGUGGCGGUGGGGUUAUGGUAUGGGCAGGCAUAAGCUACGGACAACAAACACAAUUGCAUUUUAUCAAUGGCAAUUUGAAUGCACAGAGAUGACGUGACGAGAUCCUGAGGCCCAUUGUCGUGCCAUUCAUCCGCCGCCAUCACCUCAAGUUUCAGCAUGAUAAUGCACGGCCCCAUGUCACAAGGAUCUGUACACAAUUCCUGGAAGCUGAAAAUGUCCCAGUUCUUCCAUGGCCUGCAAACUCAACAGAAGUGUUGCAUGUUGCAUUUAUUAUUUUGUUCAGUAUAGUUGCAAAAACCAGUUAAACUAGUAUUGAACAAGUAGAAUCAAUACCCAAUUACAUCAUCUACACCAUUAGACUAGUUGUUUUCUGUUAAUAUGGCAAUCACAGGAACACAAUGACAAUAAUCCCUCCAAGGGCGUUUACCAGGUGUUGAUACACCUGCCUGGGCAGCCAAACCAGAGCGGCGGAUUAGAGACUGGAAGGAUCAUUUAGGUGCAUUUGUUAUUUCUAUUUUAUUAGGAUCACAAUUAGCUGUUUCGAAAACAGCAGCUACUCUUCCUGGGGUCCACACAACACAUGGCAUAAUACCGAACUUUAAUAGACAAACAGCUCAACAAGAACUACAUACUUUUAAAAUAAAAAAGGACCUGACUGACAAAUUACUGAGAAAACAGAGACUGUGGGUCUACAGUCAGUCACAUCUAUCAACUUCAUGCUUACAUACAUACAGUUGACAUAUACAUAUAAGUUAUUUAGGUCAGGUGUUGUUUUUAAGAUAAUAUUGCUGUUUGCCUGGGUAAUUUGAGAUGGAAUGGAGUUUGUCAUUAGUCUGCCGUAACCUUCCAAUUCCCCACUUCCUAGUUCCUGUCAGACUGGCUCCACACCUCACAAGGUUAAUGUUUAUGUGAAGAGUUCAAUACCUCAUUCAGGUCCAUUCUGACGUCUCUCUGUUUGGUCGUCACUGACCAAUCAAUCACACAGGGCCAAAUCCAACAUAACACUAUUCUACCAUUCCAUAAUGACUUACAGAAGAGCAAAGACCUCAUCUCCACCCCAAGGACCAACUGCCAAAAGAAAGGAAACACUUAUACAAAGUAUAUUGAAAGCAGGUGUUUCCACACAGAUGUGUUUACUGAGUUAAUUAAUCCAUUAACAUCCCAUCAUGCUUAGGGUCAUGUAUAAAAGUUCCUAGUUGCCCAUUAUUUUGGCUACCAUUCUAGAAGAAGAGAUCUCUGUGACUUUGAAAGAGGGGUCUCAAAUGAGCAUAGGGGGUUUAAAGGGGGUGUGUGUCUCUGUCACCAGAUCUCAACCCAAUUUAACCCCUUAUGGGAGAUUCUGGAGCGGUGCCUGAGACAGCAUUUUCCACCACCAUCAAAAAAAUACCAAAUGAUGGAAUUUCUUGUAGAAGAAUGGUGUCGCAUCCCUCCAAUAGAGUUCCAGACACUUGUAGAAUCUAUGCCAUGGUGCAUUGAAGCUGUUCUGGCGGCUUGUGGUGGCCGAACGCCCUGUUAAGACGCUUUAUGUUAGUGUUUCUUUUAUUUUGGCAGUUACCUUUAGUUGAAUGGCCUCCUCAACUAGAAGGCGGGGACAGUGCAUCAAAGCUGGGACUGAGAGACUGGGAAAAACAGCUUCUAUCUCCAGGCCAUCAGACUGUUAAAUAGUCACCAUUAGCGGGCCCCCGCCCAGUACCCUGCCCUGCACCUUAGAGACUGUUGCCCUAUGUACAUAGUCAUUGAUCACUGGUCACUUUAAUGUUUUACCCACUUCAUAUGUGUAUAUACUGUAUUCUAGUCCAGCAUCAUCUUGCCUUCAGAAAGUAUUCACACCCCUUGACUUUUUACGCAUUUUGUUGUUACAAAGUGGGAUUAAAAUGGAUAUAAUUGUCAUUAUUUGUCAAAGAUCUACACAAAAUACUCUGUCAAAGUGGAAGAAAAUUCGAACAGUUGUAAAAAAUAAUAUACAGUUGAAGUUGGAAGUUUACAUAUACUUAGUUUGGAGUCAUUAAAACUCAUUUUUCAACCACGCCACACAUUUCUUGUUAAAAACUAUAGUUUUGGCAAGUCGGUUAGGACAUCUCCCUUGUGCAUGACACAAGUAAUUUUUCCAACAAUUGUUUACAGACAGAUUAUUUAACUUAUCACAAUUCCAGUGGGUCAAAAGUUUACAUAAACUAAGUUGACUGUGCCUUUAAACAGCUUGGAAAAUUCCAGAAAAUGAUGUCAUGGCUUUAGAAGCUUCUGAUAGGCUAAUUGACAUCAUUUGAGUCAAUUGGAGGUGUACCUGUGGAUGUAUUUCAAGGCCUACCUUCAAACUCAGUGCCUCUUUGCUUGACAUCAUGGGAAAAUCAAAAGAAAUCAGCCAAGAACUCAGAAAAUAAUUGUAGACCUCCACAAGCCUGGUUCAUCCUUGGGAGCAAUUUCUAAACGCCUGAAGGCACCACGUUCAUCUGUACAAACAAUAGUAUGCAAGUAUAAACACCAUGGGACCACGCAGCCAUCAUACCACUCAGGAAGAAGACGCGUUCUGUCUCCUAGAAAUGAACAUACUUUGGUGCGAAAAGUGCAAAUCAAUCCCAGAACAACAGCAAAUGACCUUGUGAAGAUGCUGGAGGAAACAGGUACAAAAGUAUCUAUAUCCACAGUAAAACGAGUCCUAUAUCGACAAAGCCGCUCAGCAAGGAAGAAGCCACUGCUCCAAAACCGCCAUAAAAAAGACAGACUACGGUUUGCAACUGCACAUGGGGACAAGGUGCAAAGAAAUGUCCUCUUGUCUGAUGAAACAAAAAUAGAACUGUUUGGCCAUAAUGACCAUUGUUAUGUUUGGAGGAAAAAGGGGGUUGCUUGCAAGCCGAAGAACACCAUCCCAACUGUGAAGCACGGGGGUGGCAGCAUCAUGCUGUGGGGGUGCUUUGCUGCAGGAGGAAUUGGUGCACUUCACAAAAUAGAUGGCAUCAUGAGGAAGGAAAAUUAUGUGGAUAUAUUGAAGCAACAUCUCAAGACAUCAUUCAGGAAGUUAAAGCUUGGUUGCAAAUGGGUCUUCCAAAUGGACAAUGACCCCAAGCAUACUUCCAAAGUUGUAAAAUGGCUUAAGGACAACAAAGUCAAGGUAUUGGAGUGGCCAUCACAAAGCCCUGACCUCAAUCCUAUAGACAAUUUGUUUGCUCUGUCAGGAGGAAUGGGACAAAAUUCACCCAACUUAUUAUGUGAAGCUUGUGGAAGGCUACCCGAAACGUUUGAACCAAGUUAAACAAUUUAAAGGCAAUGCUACCAAAUACUAAUUGAGUGUAUGUAAACUUCUGACCCACUGGGAAUGUGAUGAAAGAAAUAAAAGCUGAAAUAAAUAAUUCUCUCUCCUAUUAUUCUGACAUUUCACAUUCUUAAAAUAAAGUGGUGAUCCUAACUGACCUAAGACGGGGAAUUUUUACUAGGAUUAAAUGUCAGGAAUUGUGAAAAACUGAGUUUAAAUGUCUUUGGCUAAGGUGUAUGUAAACUUCUGACUUCAACUGUAAGUAUUCAACCCCCUAAUACAUGUUAGAAUCACCUUUGGCAGUGAUUACAGCUGUGAGUCUUUUUGGGUAAGUCUCUAAGAGCUUUCCACACCUGGAUUGUGCAACAUUUGCCCAUUUAUUCUUUCAAAUUGGUUGUUGAUCAUUGCUAGACAACCAUUUUCAAGUCUUGUCAUAGAUUUUCAAGCAGAUUUAAGUCAAAACGGUAAUUUGGCCACUCAGGAACAUUCACUCUCUUCUUGUUAAGCAAUUCCAGUGUAGAUUUGGCCUUGUGUUUUAGGUUAUUGUCCAUCUGAAUGGUGAAUUAAUCUCCCAGUGUCUGGUGAAAAGCAGACUGAACCAGGUUUUCCUCAAGGAUUUUGCUUGUGCAUAAAUCAAUUCAGUUUCUUUUUUUUAUCCUGAAAAACUCCCCAGUCCUUAACGAUUACAAGCAUACCCAUAACAUGAUGCAGUCACCACUUUGCUUGAAAAUAUGAGAGUGGUAUUCAGAAAUGUGUUGUAUUGGAUUUGCCCAAAACAUAACACUUUGUAUUCAGGACAAAAAGUGAAUUGCUUUGCACAAUUUUUUCCAGUAUUACUUUAGUGCCUUGUUGGAAACAGGGUGCAUGUUUUGGAAAUGUUUUAUUCUGUACAGGCUUCCUUCUUUUCACUCUGUCAAUUAGGUUAGUAUUGUGGAGUAACUACAAUGUUGUUGAUCCAUCCUCAGUUUUCUCCUUUCACAGGCAUUAAAGGCAUACUUGGAGAUUUUGGCAAUGAGGCACUUUAUCUACUCCCCAAGAGUCAGAUGUACUUGUGGAUACCAUUUUUGUCUCUGUGUACUGUAUGAAGGAAGUUUGAGGUAGUUUCAUGAGCCAAUGCUAACUGGCGUUAGCGCAAUGACUGGAAGUCUAUGGGUAUCUGCUAGUAUCCCAUAGUGACUGGGUGUAUUGAUACACCAUCCAAAGUGUAAUUAAUAACUUUACCAUGCUGAAAGGGAUAUUCAAUGUCUGCUUAUUACAUUUUUACCCAUCUACCAAUAGGUGCCUUUGCGAAGCAUUGGAAAUCCUCCCUGAUCUUUGUGGUUGAAUCUGUGUUUGAAAUUCACUGCUUGACUGAGGGACCUUACAUAUAUUUGUAUGUAUGGGGUACAGAGACGAGGUAGUCAUUCAAAAAUGACUAUUUGUGUGUAUUGUCUUGUAUUGUUAGGUAUACUGCACUGUUGAAACUAGGAACAUAAGCAUUUCGCUGCACCUGCAAUAACCUCUGCAAAAUAUGUGUAUGCGACCAAUAAAGUAGAUUUUCAUUUGAUUGUUGUAUUUUUAGUGGACUAAGUAUAGAGCAGCUUCCAGUGUCUUUGUCAUCUGUUGAAAACUCUAAACAUACAGUAUCAGUCAAAAGUUUGGACACCUACUCAUUCCAGGGUUUUGCUUUAUUUGUACUAUUUUCUGCAUUGUAGAAUAAUAGUGAAAACAUCAAAAGUAUGAAAUAACACAUAUGGAAUCAUGUAGUAAGCAAAAAAGUGUUAAACAAAUCAAAAUAUAUUUUACAUUUGAGAUUCUUCAAAUAGCCACCCUUUGCCUUGAUGACAGCUUUGCGCACUCUUGGCAUUCUCUCAACCAGCUUCACGAGGUAUUCACCUGGAAUGCAUUUCAAUUAACAGGUAGGCCUGCUUAAAACUUAAUUUGUGGAAUUUCUUUCCUCCUUAAUGCGUUUGAGCCAAUCAGUUGUGUUGUGGCAAGGUAGGGGGGGUAUACAGAAGAUAGCCCUAUUUGGUAAAAGACCAAGUCCAUAUUAUGGCAAGAACAGCUCAAAUAAGCAAAGAGAAACGACAGUCCAUCAUUACUUUAAGACGUGAAUGUCAGUCAAUCCGGAAAAUUUCAAGAACUUUUCAAGUUUCUUCAAGUGCAGUUGCAAAAACUGUCAAGCGCUAUGAUGAAACUGGCUCUCAUGAGGACCGCCACAGGAAUGGAAGUUACCUCUGCUGCAGAGGAAAAGUUCAUUAGAGUUACCAGCCUCAGAAAUUGCAGCCCAAAUAAAUGCUUCAGAGUUCAAGUAACAGACACAUCUCAACAUCAACUGUUCAGAGGAGACUGUGUGAAUCAGGCUUUCAUGGUCGAAUUGCUGCAAAGAAACCACUACUAAAGGACACCAAUAAGAAGAAGAGACUUGCUUGUGCCAAGAAACACGAGCAAUGGACAUUAGACCGGUGGAAAUGUGUUGUUUUGUCUGGAGUCCAAAUUUGAGAUUUUUGGUUCCAACCGCCGUGUCUUUGUGAGAUGCAGUGUGGGUGAACGGAUGAUCUCUGCAUGUGUAUUUUCCACCAUAAAGCAUAGAGGAGGAGGUGUUAUGGUGUGAGGGUGCUUUGCUGGUGACACUGUCUGUGAUUUAUUUAGAAUUCAAGACACACUUAACCAGCAUGGCUACCACAGCAUUCUGCAGCGAUACGCCAUCCCAUCUGUUUGGGCUUAGUGGGACUAUCAUUUGUUUUUCAACAGGACAAUGAUCCAACACACCUCCAGGCUGUGUAAGGGCUAUUUGACCAAGAAGGAGAGUGAUGGAGUGCUGCAUCAGAUGACCUGGCCUUCACAAUCCUCCGACCUCAACCAAAUUGAGAGAGUUUGGGAUGAGACGGAAGGCAGAGUGAAGGAAAAGCAGCCAACAAGUGCUCAGCAUAUGUUGGAACUCCUUCAAGACUGUUGGAAAAGCAUUCUAGGUGAAGCUGGUUGAGAGAAUGCCAAGAGUGUGCAAAGCUGUCAUCAAGGCAAAGGGUGGCUAUUUGAAGAAUCUGUUUAACACUUUAUUUUUUUGUUGACUACAUGAUUUCAUAUGUGUUAUUUCAUAGUUUUGAUGUGUUCACUAUUAUGAGUUUUUCCAGGGGAGGGGCUUUUUGGCUCGGAGCAUGGAAAAUUCUGCUUGUCUGCAGUGUGUGACCACAAAGUGAUGAGACUCAUUACUGAUAAUGAUGUUCCUGAUUGCAGUGAAAGAGGGAGGAAUCCCUCUGGUAAAAUGCUCCUCUCAGCAUGGACAUGGAAUGAAUGUCUCUGGGUCCUCACAGACACAUAAGUACAUUGUCACAUUACAGUGGGGUCUGGAAUUAUAGGAUCCCUUGAUUACAGUGAGCAAAUACUGUAUAAAAUAAAUAACACAUACUGAGCUAUAUUGUAUGCUCAAAAACAUAAAAAAUUAUAUUAUUUUAUACUAAUACAGUUGCUCAGAAUAAGAGAUUUUGUUUUUUACAAGUAAUACAAAUAAUAAAUAAAUUACUUUACUCACUAGUUCUUUAAAAUAUAUCUCUAUGCAAAUGUAUGCAAAUCAUCAACCUUUUUCUUUUCUUUUCUUGUAAUUGUACUUUUUUUGUUAUUUGUUUGUCUUUUUUGCUGAUCUUUUUUAAGGGAUCCAAUCAUUCCAGGCCCCACUCUACAUGUCCAUCAUAAUAUAAAUGUUUUGAGCAAAUUGUGUUUAUAUAUAAUUUCUCCACCAGAGGGAGUAUUCCACCCGUGAUUCUAUCAUGGAGAGGUCACUUUGAGUUGAACGUUAUAUAGAGACGCAUCAUCUCCUUUUUGAAGUUGUGCAGCGUUGCUUUUUAGUGCUCCCGUAUGAGAAGAAACAAUAGGUCUAUGUACUGCAUCUAACUGUUUCUUGCCAUUGAUGUUAAUUCUUCCUUCUGUCCUUCUAACCCUCCAGGUGUACAAGGUCAACUCUGACGAAUAUCACUCGUAUGAUCAACAUUACGGGCGAGGCCUUCUCAAGGACACCAUCAAAGAUGGUGAGCUCCUAAAACAAUAAUAAUCCUGUCACAAAAUACACAACAUUAUAUCCUUCUGUCUAUUUCAACAGGCUUAAGGUCUGGGUUCCCCAAUAGGUGGCCCUAAGGGCAAAUUCGGCCUGUUGAUUUGAUUUGGGCCACUAAGUUUGAAAAAAUAUAUAUAUAUAAUUUUCGUUGUUGGACAUAAGACAGUAAUAUCACCAGGAAAUCAACUCGGUGAUGUUAAUUGAGGAAAUCUGUUCCCAAGUAUUACCACGCAUAGAUAGAGGCAUAUGUGAUCGUAUCCCAAUGUAAUCAAGGUUUGUAAUGAUUCUGUUUUUGUCAAAUAAUAUAUCUGUUUGGGAUUCUUGCGGUCAAUUUGCAAUGUACUAUUUAUUUUAAAACUAUGCUCUGGCCCCCUGACCAUCCGCUCAAAAAUCAUCCCACGGCUAAAUGUAAUUGGAGACCCCUGGUGUAGGUUGUAGUCACUUGCUGAACUUGCUCUCUAAUAAGAAAAAGCUUCAGGCAUCGUCUAAACAGAUCAAAUCAUCACCAUCAUAUUUCUUAUCAGUAAACAUUGGAUUCCUCAACAACAACAAUUUCCUUUCCCAUUCCUCUCCCAGGUUUAUCCAAAUUCUUCUCUAAUGGGAGGAGUCUGAGAAAAGAUGCCGUCGCUGCCAGUAUCCUGAAGGUCCAGAACAUCCUGCGAUGGUUCGAGGGCCAGAGCCAGUUAACCUUCUAUGCUAGCUCUCUGUUGUUUGUAUAUGAGGGCCUGCCCCCUCCCAGCCCUGAGGGCCAUGUCUUCAGGGGCCCCCCAGAGAAGACUACGUCUGCCGCUGACGCCUGCUGUGAGCCCAAUGAAGAAGUACUGGAAUACAACAACAACAUCCGGGUUGCCGUGCCGCUCGACUACAGCCUGUCCACCAUGUACACCAUGUACAAGAAGGGCUGCACCCGGGGUCACCAUGGCGAAGUCACCGCCGCCAGCGACACCACGACAGGCCCAAACCCCCAGGAGGACAACAGCACGUGGAAGUGCCCAGGUCUGGUGCCAGCAGAGCAACCCAACGGCAACGGUAUCAAAGCCCAACUGGAAGAAGAGUCUGGGGUGGGGGAGGGAGGCCGUGGGGAGCCACAUCCAGAGCAGAGGGUCAGCGAAGUGGAGGUGAGGAUGAUUGACUUUGCCCAUGUCUUCCCCAGCGAGAGCCAGGACCAAGGCUACAUCUAUGGCCUGAAACACUUGCUGGAGGUGCUGCAGCAGAUCCUCCACCAAUAA